GUUAUGUGGAAAUUCCUAGUUUCGUUUUCACUUUGAUUAUCCAUCCCAGGCGAAAGUAAAUAUGGCUGAAGGAGGAUUUCAAGAUGGACUAAUUUGUAAUCCAUGCGACAUUAUGAAAAAAGAAAAUGUUCAUGCUACAUCUUGGUGCGAAAAUUGCAAUCAAGCAAUGUGUUCUAACUGCGUAAACCAUCAUAACGCAUUUAUAGGCACAAACCGUCAUACGGUGAUUCCUUUAGAAGAUAAAGGUAAAAUUCCAAAGUUCAUAUUAAGUCUUACACAGUUAUGUAAAGAACAUGACAAAGUAAGCGAAUUUUAUUGCAACUGUCACGAUCGUCCUUGCUGUGUUCAAUGUGUAACAGAUUUCCACCAGCAGUGUUCAAAAGUUGUUCCUUUUGUAGACAUCUUAGAAGAGGCAAAAACGUCAACUGCUUUAAAUCAAGUGGAGCAGUCAGUGUCGGAUACACUAAAAACUAUAAAUGAAAUAACUAUAAAUAGACGAGAGAGCAUCAAUGCUCUAGAUGAACAAAAACAAAUAGCAUUAAAAAAGGGGGAAUCCUUUCGUAAGAAAAUCGAUCUCUUUCUUGACAGGGUACAUGAUACAUUCACCAAAGAUGUCCAAAGUGUACAUGCUAAGCAAGUGAAAGAGAUUGAGGAAGAAAUCUACAUCCUUGCACAGAAAGGAGUCAAAAUCCAAGAGAUCGAGGAAGAAAUUGGCCGCAUGAAGCAGUUUUCAACAAAUCGGCAGACAUUUUUCGGCAUCCGUCAUUUUGAUGAAAUGCUUUCGAAAGAAAUAAGUGACAUUUUAAAAGCAUAUGAAAAGGGAACAAUCAAAGAAACAGAGAUAGAAAUCAAACUAACCGAAAAACUGAACGAUUGUAUAUCCACUGUAGAUACUAUAGCAGAUGUCUCAGUUCAAACACGAACCAGACAACACGAGUUCCUGAAGUCAGGAAAAGGUCAUUUGACGAUUUCUGUAACCGAAAAUAUCGAUAGAAUCCGCCUUGAACUCAAGAAAGAGAUCGUUAUACCACCUAGCCAUAUUGGUAAUACUGAAAUAAAAAGAUGUUUAAUUUUGUCUGAUGGUAAGCUUUUAUUCCUCGAUUUUUCCGAUAACAUGAGAUUAGUAGUUCUCGAUUCAGAAGGAAACCGCCAUAAAGAUGUAAAAUUUCCGGUAAAACCAUUUGAUAUAGAUAUGAUAAGUGAUAAGAAAAUAGCAGUUUCAUUGCCAAAAUUGAAAAGAAUAGAUAUUUAUGAAUCCAAAACAUUUAAUUAUGAAAAAUGUAUUGGACCACUAAACACAAAAUGUUAUGACAUUUCAUUUGUCAGCAACAAUAAUUUGGCAGUGAGAACUGAAAAGGAAAUAGUUAUUUUAGAUCACAGAGUGUGCGCAAGAAUUAAAUCUAUAUCCCUUUCGAAAUUUCUUGGAAGAGAAAUAAGUUACCUGAAAUAUCAUAAGGACAAAUUGUUUUUCAUAACCGAUAAAUGCCAAAUACAUUGCUGUGAUAUUGAUGGAGACAAAAUAUGGACGUUUGCAUCGGAAGAUCUUAAUGACGCACGAGGUCUUAGCACAGAUUCAAAUGGCAAUGUUUACACUGUAGAUCAUCAAAACGGUUGCGUUGUUGUUAUAUCUGCCGACGGUAAGAAGAGUAAACUUCUUCCGAGCGUUUUGUUUUUGAAAGAUUUGUAUUAUGAUAGAGAGAGAAAAAAACUACUUGUGAUGUUAGAUUCAAACAAUGAAAAUAACAUAUCGUCCGCAUUACUUUAUAAUGUGAAGUGAAAAAUAUAGAGUCAAAAGUGUAGACGACAUUGUCAUAUCCCAUAAACUUUGUGGAUACUGUAAUAAAAAACAUAUUUUGUGUAAAUGUAAAUGUUUUA